AUGGCCCUGUUUGAGACUACUCACCAAUACCCCGAAUAUGUUAACGAUAAUAACAACGGCACUUGUAACAACAAAAAAGCUAACAACAAAAACUACAGACGCAACAUCAGUAGCAGUAGUAGUAGUAGCAGUAUCUACGGCGGCAGCAUCAACCACACUAGCAGCCAUAGCAGCAACUACAACGGCUACAACAACAACAGUAACAUCACAGGCAGCAACAACAACAACAACACCAACAACGAAGGGUAUAGCGAUGAAUGCGUGUACACAUCUCAACUCUUCAGCCGGACAGUUUUAGGUUCGAUUCUCUGCUUCGUGGGCACUAUCACCAAUGUAAUGUGCUACGUCAUCAUCGCCAAAGAUCAAACAACCAGACCGGUGGCCAAUCUCAUGCUGAGAGCAAUCGCUGUUGUGGAUACUCUGUUCCUCGUUACCAUCUUCGUGUCUUACUCACUUCCGGCGCUUGUUGACUACUUGAACUUACCAGACCAGCAAAAACUACUUCUCGGAGAUCACCAUGAUGGUGAUCAUUUUCAUGGUGAUUCGGCGAAAAAUGGUGGUUUCUAUGGUAAUGUUACUACUGAUGAUGGCACUGCGAAUGUUUGGUGGUCAUCAUCAUCGUCGUCGUCGUCGUCAUUGCCUUCUAAACUGUCUCCAUCAUCAACUUCUAACGAUAGUUUCGCGUUUUUUCGAGGCCGUCAAAUAAAUAACGUCCACCAAACUUUUUAUAAAAACAUCAGCAAAAGCAUCAGCAGCCUAAAUGGCACUAAUCGUUCAAAUCUCUUUCAGUCAUUUUCAUCAUUAAUUUCAACACCAUCACCAUCUUCUUCUUCUUUAUCAUUAUCUCUAUCAUCACAACCAUCACCACAACCGUCAACAUUUUUCUACAUUUGGCUUCGAACCCGGCUCUACCUCCACCAAUCCUGCUACAUUGCCCAGAUGGCUACCUACUGGACCACCGUUUUGAACGCUGCCUCCAGGUGGCUUAUGAUUUGUUUCCCUCACAAAGGUCCUAGGUUGUGCACCCUUCAAAGAGCUCGCGUCAGUCUGAUUGCCGUGUCGGUAUUUUGUGUGCUGUACAACCUGCCUAGGUAUUUCGAUACGAGUCUAUGUUAUAAAACCGAUCAGUCGAAUAGCUCGGUUAAUGUAAAUAUUACAGACAAAAAAAAUAUCAGACGUGUGGUUAACGACAAUUUUAUUAACAACUACCACGACGACGAUUUUGUGGACAACAGUAGUAACGCCGGAAGCAUCAGCAAGUUUGAAGACAAUGGCAUCAACAAUAACAUCAAUAACAACAACAACAACAUCAGCAACAACAACAAUAACAACAAUAACAUCAACAACAAUAACAUCAGCAACAACAACAACAACAAUAACAUUAGUAACAACAACGAAACCGAGAUUGAAGUUCAGUUUUGCCGCACAAUCUUGGGUGAAUCGGAUCUCUACCAGGAAUAUUACAUCAACCAGGCCUACCUUUUCACAACAUUCGUACUUCCAUGUUUUCUGCUCGGCUUUUUCAACGCUGGUUUGAUCAUAAAUUACAGGAAGCGCUCGAUUAGGCGGCGAACUCAAAAGAGGAUCGAACUCGUAAAAAUGAAUAAUAAUAAAAAUAAUAAUAAUAAUAAUAAGAACAAUAAUAGCAAUAAUAAUAAUAAUAAUAAAAGUAUUAAUAAACCGGACGAUAUCGAUACGAAACGCUCCAAGUUCAGCUUCAGCAAGUUCAACCCGAAAGAGACGACAGCAGAGAUGAACCGAAACGAACCGGUACUCGGUCGGAUAGCAAAUACCUGGCGUCGGAGGGGGGUGAUGAUGAUGAUGAGGAGAAAGGACGUGGAAUGUCAUGUUGAUGAUGAUGAUGGUGGAGGAGUUAGUGGUGAUGGUGGUGGUGGUGGUCUUGACAGUAGGAACGUGUUGAAUGUUAAUACGUUUUCCAGAUUUGACGAUAUUAAAAAUAAUAAUAAAUUUGAAAUUAAUAAAAAUAGCCGAAAUUGUAAUGACGGAAGUGCUGAAAACAAAUUCGAUCAUAUGAAUAAUAGAUUCAAGUAUAAGUUGAGCCAAAAACAGCAGACGACCAAUAACGAAUCAUUCGCAUUUUCAUUCGAUUUCGAUGACGAAGAUAGCGAAUACGGUCAGCCCAUCUCUAAAUGUCGCCACAACAAUCAUAAAAAACACAAAAACAGCAGCAACAACAACAACAAUAAUAAUCAUAACAACAAUGUUGUUCAUUGUUUUACCUGCUGCUACAAGAAAAAUUGCAAAAAUUCCAUACCGAUUUUAGUCGCCGGAGAUUCGGUUCCGGUCGAAAUUAGCCGAUCUCUAUCGGUAUACAACGACAAUCCGAAAACUCGAUCCCGAUCCAAAGUUUGGUGGUUCGAUAACAUAGGGAAGAAAAAUGAUAGUGAGGAUGAAAGAAGAAAGGAUGACGAUGAAGGUAAAGGAAGAAGGAACGAUGAUGACGUCAUUGGAGGUUGUCAGAAUAAGAAAGCUGUUGUUGCUGGCGAUAAUAUUAGUAGUGGUAAUGAUAAUAUAAAAAAAUUAAACUUAAAAUGUAUCAUCACAUCUGCGGCUACUGAACCCACUGCAAAUGGCGACAACAUUACAGUUGUUAAUCCUAUUUAUACCACCACUACCCCUGUUUCGUUUACUGCAGCUACCACUACAGCCACUACUACUGAAACUACUGCUAUUACUGCUACUACAAUAUCUAGUAAUUUUACUGCUACUGCCGUCACAACAUCUUCAAAAAAUGCUAACGAGGCGGACAGCAUUGUAUCAACCUUUACAACAAUUGGUUACAAGAAAACCGGUGUUGAUAUUAAUGAUACAAUUGAUACAAACACAACUGACACUACUAUAUUUACCAACGAUACAAUUGAUACUAACACAAAAACUGAUACUACUAUAUCUACCAAUGAUACAAAUGAUACAGCGGGUGCUACUGCUAGUACUACUACUACAGAUAGCAGUGUUACAGAUGGAUAUAAAUGUUUACUUAAGAAGAUUGAUGCCAGCAGCGAGAUUAGCGCUAGUUUCAAAUUAAUUGACAAAGAGGAUGAACAUUUGAAGGAAGAUGAAAGUGUUGAAAAAUUUUUCAACAAUGUUGACAACGUUGAGAGUUGCGCUUCCAUUGCAGGCAAGGCGUUCGAUCAAUUCACACCAACAAGAAAUUCUAAAACUGCGCAUAUUUCUGCCUCAACAUCUGUGUCGACUUUCCUCUCCAUAACACCAAUCCAUAACAACAACAACAACAAUAACGACAUUAACAACAACAACAACAUUAACAACAACAUUAACAACCACAAUAAUAACAACAAUAUUAUUAAUAAUAAUGAUAGCAUCAGCAUAAAUACUGACGAUAAUACCAGUAACAACAACAUCAACCCAAUCAACGAAAAAUUUUUAUUACCAGCUUUCGCGGUUGGCGCAAUAAAAAGCGCAACAGACAACAACGACAACGUCAUCAGUGACGUCAUCGUCAACAACAACAACAACAAUAACGUCGUUACUGACCUCACAAUCAGUUACAACGACAUUAAUGAAGUAUCUAGUAAUAAAGAUAUUUUGAACGUUGCAAACAAAGACAUUGAAAACAACGUUUAUAAUAACAAUAAUAAUAACAAUAACAACAAUAAUAACAACAAAAACAACAAUAAUAUCAAUAACAACAACAACAACAGAAACAUUAACAAAAGCAGUUCAAUAAAUAGCAACAUUAUAAACGACAUCCACGUUAUCACUUUUAGCAGCGACAACAACAACAACAACAACAUCAACAACAACAACAUCAUCAACAACAACAACAAAAAGAAACGUCAACAACACGAGCAAAGCAUCACAUUCGUCCUCAUCGUCGUCAUCAUCAUCUUCCUCGUCUGCAACUGCCCAGCGCGAAUAAUUCAACUCAGCUACAACUACAAGUGCGUUUUAAUGAUGAUGGGAUGUGGUGCUGACUAUGAUGAUGACGUCACGGUGGGUAAUGAUGUGGUGAUGACGAUGACGUCACGGGACUUUCCAUGCCCCAGUGCGAUGUUCUACUUCACGGAGUUUACCUUCAUUCUCGAAGUCCUCAACUCAUCCGUCAACUUCUUCAUCUACCUUGCAUUUCGUAAGCAGUUCCGAAAGCUGCUGCUUCAGCUGCUGACCAGCUGGUUUUGCCGGAAGCAGAGUGAAUUUCCUGGACGAUAUGAUGGUCGUCGUAUGAGCGGAAACAAAAAUGACGUCAUCGGUAGGAAAUAUGCCGGAUGUUCCUGCUGUAUCUGUUGCAGUAGAGGCACACCACGCAUCAGUUCGAUCACCGAAGAUGGUAUAGGAAUACCGAAAUAA